CGCUCCCCCGACCCCUCUCCUUUCCCGGCAGAUGGUACGGUCCAUUUAAAUAGGUGCUUGUCAUCUCCCAGUGCUCUGUGUCCUUUCAGCAGUCGGCUACGGGGAGCACAUUUCUCAGGGAGCGUGCUGGAGUACUGGAGUACUGCCACUCUCUAGCACACACACAUACUCACACACCACACACGCGCAAACGAACACACACACACACUUUGGCUCUCCGUUUCUCAUUGCCACUCUAGCACUGACGCACAGCCGCGCUUUGGCACAGACUCUGCACAUAGUUUCACAGUCACACACGUGGACACACACACACACAAACACACACACACAUACACACACAGCACACACAGCACACACACACGCAGACACACUGUGGAAGCUGGCGUGCUCCUCGCAGCAGAUAACAGUUACAACUGCAGCCUGCCCCCCCCGGCCCCCCCCCCCUCCCCCCCUUGCUCACUGUGAGUCGCGCGUCUCUCUCCCCUCGGGAGGGAACAGAAGGACAAACUGAGGAUUUAACUUGGCUUUUUUCUUUUUGCUCCUCUUCCGUUUCCUUUUUUCUAACGGACCACACUCACCACUUCGGGAGAAAGAGAGGAGGGAUUCUGAACCGGGCGUCGGGUGCCGGUGUUGUUGUUGUUUGUUGUUCGGUUAGGGAUCCGGGAAAGGGGGGGGGGGGGUGUGUGUGUUCGGUCGGCUCCGCUGGAAACCCUGCUCCUCCUCACCUGACAGCAUGACCCCCUGCCCGCACUCCCCUCUCCCCAGGCGAAGAUCCUGAAGAUGAUGGACGACAACCGGCAGCUGGCGCAGCGCAUCGACGGAGCCAUCCAGUCGGCCAGCGCCGAGGUCAGCUGCCUGCGCUCCGAGCUCAGCGCCACCAGCCGCAGACUGGCUGACCUGGGGGCCACCGAGACCUCCUCCUCGUCCCCUUCCUCCUCGUCCUCCAACGCCGCCGCCGCCGCCGGCCCCACUGGCCCCACCGCUGGGGCCCCGGGCGACAGCCUCGUGCUCCACCAGCAGCAGCUCAACCACCACCACCACCACCACCACCUACAACAACAGCACCACCACGAUCCCUCUCUCCAUGUGAGGCAGAAGACCCCCUCCACGGACCUCUGCUACAAGAGUGACAUCAGCAGCCUGAUGGUCUUCACCUCCCCGGACUCCUCGCUAGACAGAGUGCUCCUGCGCGAGGAGGUGGCCCAGCUCCAGGAGGAGGUGCACCUGCUGCGGCAGAUGAAGGACAUGCUGAGCCGGGACCUGGAGGAGAGCCACCAGGGCAGCUCGGCAGACCUGCUCUCGGCCGCCGAGCUGCGCGUCCAGCUGGCCCAGAAGGAGGAGGAGCUGGACCGCGCCAAGGAGGCCCUGCAAGCCAUGAAGGCGGAUCGCAAGCGUCUGAAAGCGGAGAAGGCCGACGUGGUGAACCAGAUGCAGCAGCUCUACGCUACACUGGAGAGCCGCGAGGAGCAGCUCCGAGACUUCAUACGCAACUACGACCAGCACAGAAAGGAGAGUGAGGAUGCGGUGAAGGUGCUGGCCAAGGAGAAGGACCUCCUGGAGAGGGAGAAGUGGGACCUCCGCAGGCAGAACAAGGAGUCCUCCGAACACACGGGGGCGCUGCGCUCCCAGCUGGACCUCAAGGAGAACCGCAUCAAGGAGCUGGAGGCGGAGCUCGCUAUGGCCAAACAAUCGUUAGCCACGCUGACCAAGGACGUGCCCAAGAGACACUCCCUGGCCAUGCCCACGGAAACGGUCGUCAACGGCAACAACCAGGAGUGGGUGAUGCACCCGGACCUGCCGCUGACGGCCGCCAUCAGACAGAGCCAGCAGUCGCUGUUCAUCCACCCGGUGCACCCCACCGACAGACAGGUGGCGGCGGUGCGCCUGAGCCCGUGUCACUCGCGCCAGACCUCCAUGCUCUCCGACGCCUCGGCUCUGGAGGGCGACCGCUCGUCCACUCCCAGCGACAUGAACUCUCCACGCCACCGGACCCACUCCCUCUGCAAUUCCCUAGAAGACCUGGAGGAGGCGAAGCGUAAGAAGAAGAAGGAGAAGAUGGGUCUUGGCUCUCUGUCGCGGGUCUUUGCCCGGGGGAAACAGCGCAAGUCCCUGGAGCCAGGCCUGUUCGAUGGUACUUCCAGCCCUGAUUAUUACAUAGAGGAGGACGCAGACUGGUAACACAUAAACAACAACAACAACAACAAACAAAACAAGAGAAAAGCCCAUGCCUGAGCGAGCCAUAGGGGGUUUGAUGAGUGGGAAAAUAAGUCUAGUGUUCAAUCGUUUUAGCUUUUGUGUGCGUGUGUAUGUGUAUGUUUGUGUGUGUGUGUGUGUGUUUCAGUGAUAUGACGUUUGGUGCACUUCUGUGCGCCCCUAUGCGUCACUAUUGGUUUGUGAGUGUGUGUGGGGCGGGCUUGUUUAACGGUGUGUGAGUUGUUGGUCCAGAUGGUGUGUGUGUGUGUGUAGGUUGCCAGUGGUCUUAGCACAGUGUGAACACCAGGAUCAGCCUGGACCUGGUGUAGGUUAUGUACCUCACAGUGUGAACACCAGGAUCAGCCUGGACCUGGUGUAGGUUAUGUACCUCACAGUGUGAACACCAGGAUCAGCCUGGACCUGGUGGAGGUCAUGUACCUCACAGUGUGAACACCAGGAUCAGCCUGGACCUGGUGUAGGUCAUGUACCUCACAGUGUGAACACCAGGAUCAGCCUGGACCUGGUGUAGGUUAUGUACCUCACAGUGUGAACACCAGGAUCAGCCUGGACCUGGUGUAGGUUAUGUACCUCACAGUGACUGACACGCGCCGCACAGCGAAGUGCAUAUGUUUGGAUGUAUCUGCGCCCACAAAAAACAAAAACGGCUGUGUUUUGGAUUCUUACAAUUGUUCUUAUAUUUGGACUACUUUCUGUUCUUGUUUUGUUCAUUUCAUUUCACUGGAAACUUGAAGGACUGCUGUACAUCUGUAAAUAACAGUCGGUGUGCACUUGUGUGCUUGUUAAUGUCUCUUUGUCUCCUGAAUGCCUUUUUGUUCAUUUGUUUGACCUCCCCCGUUUUUAACCCCUCCUGCCCCCACCCCCCACCUUAACUUAAAACCCCUCCCUGUGUUUUUAAUUGUCCCGCUCGGUGCAUCUCCCCCAUCCCCCCCCCCCCCCCCCCCCCCCCUAUGAGAUCAGUGUCCUGUAGGCCACAAUGCAGACUCCUGAAUAAUGAAAGAACAAUUAUUAUAACUAUAACAAUAAUAAUAUUAAUAAUACAAUUAUUAAUAAUAAUUCAAAAAGACAAUAAUGUUCAACAUAGUAAUAACAUAACAUCAUGAAGAUGAUAAUUAUGAAAAUAAUAUGAAUAAUAAUAAUUCGGCUGUACGAGGAUCCUGAGUCGGCCCUGCAGACACCAGCUUCUGUUUGCUCUAAAUCGUGUUUGAAAAUAUACUAUACUUUACAAAAUAUACUAUAACAAUCUCACGGCAACGACAAGUCGAACAGGACAUGUCGCAAUUCCCAGCAGGAUGUCUUCCCAUGGGUUGCGCAAGCGUACGUGAUGCAAGUGAUUGGAUUACGUCAUCAUUCACUUCAAAGCAAAUAUGCUGACGUUUAGCCUUUAUUCCAUGUAUAUACUAUAUGCAGCAGUUGAGGUGAUCAUAGAGAUACAUCGUAGCCAGGUUGAAUUAUGGUUGAGCAGAGAUAAACUCAUUUAAAUAAGUUGGCAUGAAAAUGCGAUUGGCUACCAAACCAAAAUUAAACCAUAAAGAAAUCAUUUUAUGUAUACAAGUAUCUACCAAUUCUGCACGAUCUUGUCAUUGUUCACUUUAAAUAAAGUGUGACAAAUAUGUUUUAAAAAACAAUGUUUAAUGGAUACUUUAGUAGCCUAGCUUCUGGCAUCGCUCUCGUAAGUACAUCAAUUAACAAGUCAAUUCAUGAAUAAUGCCCAGAAAGACGCGUUAUUAAUAGUGCCAAAGGUUAACAGUGUUUGCCUUAUACCACACUGGCUGACUGUCGAGCCGUAGGAGUCUGCAUUCUGUCCCCGGGAAGCCUCUCUAGCCCUGGUAUUGAACUAACUCAGCGUGUCUGUCUCACCUGGAGCCCCACAGACGAACCAGCCAGUGGCUGUAUCUCACCCCCCGUGUAGCAGCUUACCAGGAACGAACGGGUUAGGAAACGAAGCUUGUUGAAGACUUAUUGAUGUGGGGAUGUACCACCCAGAGGCUUCUCAGAAUGAGGAAGUGGUGAGAUGACGUUAGUGAGGCAUUUGGUCAUCAACCAUAAGUGAGACAGAUGGUGUUAACCUCAGAUAGCAGCCCGACUUAGAUAGCCCUCCACCGGUUAAAACACACAUCCGUUUAGCACUGCUGUGUUUUUUCAAACCGAAAUCCCCUUCCCCCCCAACCCCCACCCCAGCCAACCCCCGUCCGCUUCGUAUUAUUUUACCGACAAAUACUUUACUUUUUUGUAAAUGAGAUAACCUGACAGAUUAAAAGCUAUUAUAAUGAAAGAGUUUUAUUUAAAAGUCUCCAGACGCGGAGAAGGUCCAAGCCGGAGGUCCUGAGAUGUUUAGACGUUGGUUAGAGCCAGGGGAACCGUUGAAGGCAUGACAACGACGACAUUAUGUUCUGCAGAAUUUAAUGAGGAAAAAAAGAAGUAUUUUAAAAUAAAAUAAAAAAGAAACACCUUUA